AAUCGUUCUUAUUGUCAAGCAGACAGGAGUGUUUUGAAAGAAGCGCAAUUGUGAUGGGAUAGCUAAACAAAGAUAAACCUGUUUUCAAAUAACAAUAAUAUACAAAUUAGGGGACGAUAAUGUUAGUCCUGUAAAAAAGUGGAUUGAGCCCAUCGGUUGAUCAAUUUUCCACGUGCGGCAGAAGAAGGCGAUGUGAACGACUAAUGCCUUACGGGAACUUUAACGUGGGCUCGUCACACAGCCAAAAUAUCCACACAACUUCCAAGGACCCGCCAUUAUUCUUUGUAAUAAUGCGAUUCAACUUCAAAAUCGCCCUACUAAUUCUGAUUACUGUCUCACUGGCCACCCUGGUCAUACUGUACUCGAUCUGCAACAAGACACAGUCAACAUCACUGCCCGAGCAAUCGAACAUUGUGAAACAGCAACAAACCGAAGUAUUGGACAUUGAUUGCGAUAUCAAUGGAGAAUAUCUGGUGAAGUGCAAGCGAGAAGGUCCGGAAGUAUUCCUGCCAUUCGCCUUCUUGGAGGAGUAUUUUCAGGUCUAUGGAAAAUUAGCGGGGCCGGACCGCUUUGAGUGGUCGCACAGCUACAGCAAAAUCUACCAUCCAAAAACUAAGUACGACCCCACGGGGGUUUUUAUGUACUUUGAGAACUACAACGUGGAAGGCCGCGACCGAAUGAAGUGUGUGAGCGCAACUGAAGGUGUCCCGGUGUCCAGCCAAUGGGACAGCGGGGGCUACUACUACCCCAUUCAGAUUGCCCAGUUCGGAUUGGCGCAUUAUUCGAAAAAUCUUACUGAACCUGAGCCGCGAAUCUCCACACUGGAGAACGGCGAUAAGGAGAUGGUGAAAUGGUUGAUACCAGACACGGCGAUUGUUGAAAGAAACCUAAACCAUAAUCGCAAAUCGAACGUGCUGGAGUUCAGAACGAGCGAAAACUACAACGAGGGAAUCAGAAUGAAGCUGGAUCAUGUGCUGGACUUUGUCAUGAAAGUCGACGUGCUUCUGAACGGCAACAGCAGCCUGACUGUUGUUCUGCAGAAUCGAGAAACCAAAGACGCUUAUUUUCUACACUACAUCACCAGCGAUAUUUUCAUUACUACCCAAGACAGCAAUAUCUACCAUGGGUUGGGGACCAUUUCCGAAUGGCGCCGGCUCACCAGAGACUUAAUCGUCGAUCUACACAAGGGCUUGAACUACGCCAGCAAGGACAAAUCGAAAUUCAAAAUCGCGAGGCAAAAACUGAAAGUCAUCAGUAUAAUGUUGAGGGGAUCGGGGGCGAUCGACAACUUGACUCUGGCCUCUUCUGAGCACGUUCAGCAAUUUUACGAUGCAGCCGAGUGGUUUGUCAGGUACCAAGAUGCGGAUACUGGCGGUUGGGCCAUUCCCGUUAAGCGCACUUUGGCACCAGGAUUUUUGGUGCUGGAACCGGGGUGGUACUCAGCCAUGGGGCAAGGCCAUGCCCUUUCCGUCUUAGCCAGAGCGUUUUACCACUCUGGCGGCGAUCAGCGCUACUUGAAUGCGGCUUUGAACGGCCUGAAACCAUUCAGAGUUGCUAGUGCAGAUGGUGGUGUGCUUGCUACAUUCUUAAACAAGUUCCACUGGUACGAAGAAUAUCCCACGCAACCAUCAUCGUUCGUUCUCAACGGCUUCAUCUACUCAAUUCUGGGCCUCUAUGAUUUGAUGACAAUCGCCCCAGUGGACCAGGCGCAGGAGGCGGAAUUUCUCUACAAUGAAGGCAUGGCCACGCUUAAGAGCAUGCUGCCGUUCUUCGACAUGGGCAGCGUUACUAGCUACGACUUGCGGCACGUCACGCUGGGCAUUGCGCCUAAUUUAGCAAGAUGGGACUACCAUGCUACCCACAUUAAUCAGCUCCUGCUUCUGGCUACCAUUGACGAUGAUCCGCUGUUUAAAGCGACCGCACAGCGCUGGAUCGGUUACAUGAAGGGUAAAAGAGCUGGGCAUAAUUGAACGGGAUGGUUCAACUUGGAUUGGAUGGAAUAUGUGAGAACCGCCCUGAUGAAACUGUUAUUCCUCCAUUAGGUAUGAUGGAUUAUUUUAGAGAAGUCAAAUAAUCAAAAACGCUUCAAGCGUCGUUGUACUGACCAGAAGGCAAAGUUCAGUAUUUUUGCUACAAAGCACACUCGCAUCUUUCCCUUAUCUUAAAGCACGAAAGCCCAGGUCCAAACAGCACUGUUUGCAGGCUGUCGGUAUCGAAGAAUGCUUUUACAUUCCGUUUUGUUAAGUUUGUUGCUGUUUGUUAAACAUGUUUGUUACUUCAGGUGUUUUCUGUACAUUUUCGGCUUAAAGACACUGAAUGUGGACACUUUAUUCAAUCAAGAUUUGCUUAGGCAAUCCGCACUAGGGGAACGUUUGCUGCAAAAGCAGCCCAUUAUCAGAUUUUUCCUAUCGCUAUUUACUUAAUUUAGAUGCCAAUUCACUGAAAAUCAAUAUCAGCAACUCCAGUGCUCCGAAUGAACUGCAUCUAAUUUCUACUUCAAGACUGAGAAAUGUAAAAAUUAAGCAAAACUCAUCACUCACCAUGACGGACCAAUUGAUCUUGUCCUCAAACUCUCUAGUUUAAGACACGUUUCCGGAACAACACCGCUUAACGAAAAAAGCACGUUCGUGUUUGCGGCGUGCCUGUGUGAUCCCGAACUGCAUAAACGCUUUUGACAAUGUUUUCUCCUUAGAUAUACGUAUUAAAAUAAAUCCAGAGUCAAUAUUAAAGUUAGUUAGUUGAAUUGACUUCAGGUAGAGAAUUUCUUGGGACUGUCGUUUGGAAUAGGGGCGCAGCCCCGUUCUGGAUACUGAUCCCCGCUUAGAAUAGGCUAAAGUACAACAUAGACGUUGCGUCUUGGAAAUAAUAGUAUUUUUACACUUGCAAUGAAAAUGUAUUCUAGUCACACCGAUUUUUAGAGACCCGUGCCUAAUUUUAUCGACUCGUAUUCGUUCCUUUCUCGUUUUAACGUAUUGCCGAUUCGAGCUGAAUUUCUGAAAACCUAAUCGUGGUUAGAUAAUCGUAUUAUAGAUUUUGUACUGUCGUAAAAAUGAAGGAACUUCCUGUACGUUUAAUGGAUAAUACUAAGUGAUUAUGUACUUAUAUAACGGCUAGAGUAGUGGUCGUUUUCGGGAAGUGCACCGAUUUUCUACUGGAAGCCUUAAGCUUCCUUUUAGGCACAGUUCAGCAUUGGCAAGCUCCAAGUAUUUGUUGCUGCCUGAUUGUUAUUGACUCAUUUUUGACUGUAUUCCGACUAGUCGGACAAGGAGUGCAUGUACUUACAAAUAUUUAUCUUAUUGUAUUUUCCUAAUUUUAGUGGCAGUGAUUUGUGUGGUCGGAAUAUCGUCAAAAUUGUUGUUUUUAUUAAUCUAUACAGUACCCGAGAGCGGUUAACUGCCGGAUUGUGCCAUUAUCCAGUUGCACUGGCCCUAAAAGCAAAUUCAAUCAUUAACAGAGCUUACUAGUUGCCUACCAAAUCCAAAAACUUGCCAUGUUAGUCCCUGCGGAUUUUCCUGCUAGAAACAAGGGGGAGCCGCGCUCUUUUCGAGCUGUUUUAUGUACAAAUUGUUGAUAAAAUAAGUAUUUUGUACAUUGUAGACCCGUCCCACCGUUGUAAAUCCGAAACCGGACUGCAUAGCGCAUAGACAGUAUUUAUUAGAAUUAUUUUUAUUUAUUUCAGUUUACUUAACCAAUGCGCCUGACUAACGUUUAUUGAAUAAUAUAAUACUAUACAAAUUUCAAGUGACUGUGACAAUAAAGUUAGGAUGAUUAUAACCCGA